AUGGACCACUUGAAGCUGUUGGCGAAUGAGUAUUAUGAGCUAUCCGAACGGGGCUUCAAUCUGAUUGCAACGGCAAUUUCGGUCAUUACUCCUGAAGUCCAUUCUAUCAGAGAUGUGGGUUGGUAUGAGAGCGAAAUUUUUAUUGCAUUCUGGUCCAGCCAGCCAGUUGCCGGUAAACCCUUGGGUUUGUUCUCCAAAAAGGUUGCAUACUUGAGCUAUGUCGCUCUGUUCGAGGUCGGGAGACUUAUUUGUGCGCUCGCUCCAUCAUCACCAGUUCUCAUUGUUGGAAGGGCUAUUGCUGGCCUAGGAGCUUCUAGGAUUAUCGCUGGAGGGUUGGUUAUUUUAGCCAACGUGUUCCGACUUCAUAAGCGCGGAGUUUGCACUGGAACCCCAAAUUGGACCCUUGCCAUUGCAAGCAUUGUCGGGCCCAUACUUGGAGGAGCACUCACUCAGCACGUUAAAUGGCGUUGGUGUUCUUACAUUAAUCUUCCUAUAGCCGAAUUCUCCGCCGUCGUGGUACUGUUAUUCUUCCACGUGAAACGGGCUCCCAGGGAAAGUAUACCGUUGACGAGAAAAGCUACAGAGCUUGGACGGAGUUGGCCUUUUGCUUUUUCUGUAACGUGCAUAUUUGGUAGAUGGCAACUUCAUAUGCAGGAAGCAGCUCCGAUUCCUCCCCGACUGUUCCCAUCUAGCAGAAAUAACUGUAUCAUAUACUGGCUUCCAAUCUGGUUCCAGGCUGUUCUUGGGGCCUCUCCAACCUCCAGUCGUGUCCGGUACUUGCCCAUAGUCAUAUCGGAUUGGAAUCCUUUUCUUAUCUUCAUCAUCGCAACGGUAUCACUUGGUGGUGGGCUCUUGACAACUCUGCAUCCUGCUAUAUUCGAUGGUCAUCGGAUAGGGUUUCAGAUUUCAGGUGACAUUGGAAAUUGUCGCCAUGGUCAGUCUCCAUUGCAUGUUGCAUUGAUCAUAGAUACUCAUUUUUUCCACAGGCCCAUCUCGGAGUACAGGCGUCCCUUCUGCCAGACCUUGUUCCUUUGGGCGCGACCACCUUCCUCUUCGCCAUCUCCGCAAGCUGCGCCAUCCUCCUGGCUAUUGGGGAAGCGGUCUUUCAAACCCAGCUCAAGAAGGAGCUUGCUCACGUCGCUUGCUCUGCCCUUGUAA